GGACAUUGAAAAGGGCAGCGCGCCGCAGCUGUCGCUUGCCCGGUACUGCAGUGCAAAGGGGCGUUCCUUGUCCGAGAGAGCGAGAGAGAGGCUGUUUACGAAGAAAACAGAUCUUGCUUUGACAAGAAGAAGGGCUCGUCUGCAGAGAGGAGAGCAGUUUGACUGAAUUAUUCAGCAUAGGCUCUUCCACAACAAAACAUAUUGUUCUUUUUAAAUAACCCAUCUUUUGCCUUUUGUGCACUGAUCAUUUUUUCGUUUUUAUUCAUCCUGUCUACGGAAUGUUUUUCUUGAUGCACUUUGUUUUGCUAAGCAUUGCUUUAGCGGACAGAACACCCAAUGCUGAAGACUGCAUCAAAUCCAACGGCGUAGAGUACAGAGGGGAGCAACAGAGCUCCUACACAGGACUAACCUGUCUGAACUGGACCAACACAACCCGGGACUAUGAUGUUAUGGCGUAUAGAGAUUCACAAAUGGGUAUUGGGGAACAUAACUACUGCCGUAACCCAGACUCAUCUGAGAAGCCCUGGUGCUACGUGACUGGCCCAGAUGCUGAGGCACAGAGACAGUCAUGUGACAUUGACACCUGCAAAGACCAAGCCCCUACAGAGGCAGAAGCAGGCCCCCUCACCACAGCACAGACAGAGAUCUUUGAGCCGGCCAAGUCUGGGCUUGCCCAGGGAGGGGGUAAUGCGGUCCAGCCAGUCAUGGGCAUCAUCCAGAGGGUACGCACAGGACCCAAGAAGAAGAAGGACCUGGGCACUCUUGGCUAUGUGGUUGGCAUCCUCAUGAUGUCCAUUAUCAUCCUCCUCGGGGUGGGCAUCACCUUCGGAUACUUCUACAAGAGAGGUCGGGACCUGAAGCAGCAGCAUGACCAGCGUGUGUAUGAGCGGGAGAUGCAGAGGAUCACCCUGCCCCUGUCGGCCUUCUCCAACCCAACCUGUGAGUUGCUGGAUGAAAACACCAUCGUCAUCACGGCCGAGAAGCAGACCCCCACCCAGGAUGGUAUGGUAGGGGAGGGGGGAGACCCCCUGAUGGGCCAUCAGGCUGGUACACCAGGAGCCUGAGCACUGACCACCCCACUAGACUGGGAAUGGAUCAUGACAUUCGAACCUCAGAGGAUCAAAACACUCCCCUAGCCUGACCUCCCCCCAAAUCACCCCCCUUUUAAAGGCCUUCAAGGAGAAGGGAUGAGCUCCAAAGACUGAACUGUGUCCUUAUUGCCCUGCUUAUAACACACACACACACACACACACGUGUCACAAACAGGGAAAGAAUACGACACAACAUGUGGAGGAGGACUAAUUUCACUCCAUGUGUAGACCAUCCGGUGAAUCUGGUGAUGGUUGUGUACAAAUGUGAAUGUCAGGGAUGCUCAUUGAGAAAUAGUGCAUUUAAUAUCUAAGAACACAUGAUCAUGGGCUGACCCCCUGCUAUAGCAAUGGGAUGUGUAUCAAUCAACGUUAAUGAGAGAGGGUGAUUUUAUGAGCUUUGGGUGAAUAGAGUAAGAGUCUGCUUGGAAAGGGGGAAUUCAUAGCCUUUUCUUAUUUUCUGCUUUCUUUUUCAUAUUGAAGUGCGGCAGUUGGGUGUUAAGGGCUUACCAGAGAAAACAAUGCUACUCACGUCCCCUGACCCUUUGGCUGUGCUAGGUCAGGUAUGGGAGUGCAUCUAGUAUACAGUAGAUGUAUAGGAUAGCCCUGUUAGACAUCUGUGUUUUUCUGUCUGAAAGAGAGUGUUGGAACAGAUGUGUGGAGUAAUGAAUUAGCUUCAGAGAAAAUUCAUAUUAGGUCUAAAUCAGAUCUGCAAAAGAAAAGGAAACAUCUCCCGCUCGCUGACGCGUUGCCUUAGCAUGAUGCAUCUGAAUGUAUUGCAUGGUUCCCCCGGUGACCUUUCUGUUUAACUCAUCUGAAGUCUGUGUGACAGAAGCCAAUAUACAGUAACUACAAACAUCAGCCUAUUCGUUGGCUUUACAUGAGACGGACUGUAUCGUUCCUCAGGUUAAGGAGUGACAGGAAAAGGGAAACCUCUUUUGAAAAUCGAAGAGACAGUUUGUUCUCAGGACAAAAUGCAGCAGCACUGGAGUGAAACAGAACACCGCUCAGUCUGCUGUCUGGCUAGAACCAGACAGAUCCUGUUGAAUGAUCUGGACAGAACAGAACACCGCUCAGUCUGCUGUCUGGCUAGAACCAGACAGAUCCUGUUGAAUGAUCUGGACAGAACAGAACACCGCUCAGUCUGCUGUCUGGCUAGAACCAGACAGAUCCUGUUGAAUGAUCUGGACAGAACAGAACAGUCUUUUGUUAAGGGUUGACGCCUGUGACAUUAGAUUGAAUUUAGACCAUUGAAUUAUGUGUCCCGAAUGUUUGGGCAAGCAGUGGAGCAAAGUAAAAGAGUGUAAAGAGGAUAUAUAAGUACAAACCUUUUGAGGUAACCUAUCUUAUUAGAUAUGUACAGGAUGGUUUAACUGCUUAAUAAGUAGUCUGUCACAUUUUGAAAUAGGAUGCUGAAAGUAAUGCCACAGAGUUGGUUAGAACGUAUCAUCGGAGUCAUUGAUUUCAGCACAAUCUCUUUUGUUGGGAUGAAAUGUAAUAUCUUUCUGCUUUACAUGGUUUCUCUAUUGUUCUGCUAAUGCAACCUUGCAUCACUCCAAAAUGGUAUUUUGUGAUGAGACUAUUCAUCUUUCAAAUGGUUGAAAAUCAUUCUGCAUCAUUGGUUACUUCUCAAUCCUUGUGGUUCCUUAAUUUUAGUGCAAUGUUUUGUAAAUAUAAUUUUCUUCACUUUUGCAAUGCAUCAAAGUACUGUUGCUCCUCAUUGGAGGUUAGUACUUGUAUGUUUGGCAGAUUUUUGCUGCUGUGACUGAAAUAAAACUGAUUUUGAAAAAGA